ACACCCGUCGCAACAAUGGCUCACUCUCACUCUCACUCUCACUCCCUCAGCCUCUCCCUCCUCUCCGCCACCCUCCUCACCCUCUGCUCUCUCGCCCAAGCCACUCACCCUGGGUACAUUUUGACCGUUGUCAACAACUGCCCCUUCCCCAUCUGGCCCGCCAUCCAACCCAACUCCGGCAGCCCCGUCCUCGAAAAAGGCGGGUUCGCCCUCCCCAGUCUCACCCACCGCUCCUUCCCCGCCCCGACCCAGACCUGGUCCGGCCGGAUCUGGGCCCGCACCGGCUGCUCCCACUCCCACAACCACUUCUCCUGCCUCACCGGCGACUGCGGCGGCAAGCUCGAGUGCAACGGCGCCGGCGGCGCUACCCCUUCAACUCUUGCCCAGUUCGUCCUCCACCACGGCCCCAACGACUUAUGGUCCUACGGCGUCAGCCUCGUCGACGGGUUUAACAUUCCCAUGACGGUGACCCCGCACGAGGGGAAGGGCGUCUGCCCCGUCGUCGGCUGCAAGGCCAACUUACUGGCCACGUGUCCCGAUAGGCUGCAGGUGAGGUCACCCGCCGGUCACGGCCCUGUGGUGGCGUGCAAGAGCGCAUGCGAGGCGUUCGGCACCGACGAGCUGUGCUGUCGGAACAAGUACAACAGCCCUCAUACGUGUAGGGCGUCGAGCUUUUCGCAGUACUUCAAGCAAGCGUGUCCGGCUACAUUUACGUACGCGCACGACAGCCCCACGCUCAUGCACCAGUGCUCGUCGCCACGUGAGCUCAAGGUCAUCUUCUGCCACUAGGUGACGGCAGCAAACGGUGGUGUGCAGCUUGGUUCCGGCCCUUGGUUUCGAAUAAAAUAUUAGGAGGGAAAUUACUAGGUUUAGUGCAGUUUCUAAGCUUGUGUUAACUUACUGUGUUGGUUCGUAUGGCGGUGUACUGGGAAUCUGGGUUGGCUUGUGUAGUUUGUUAUCUGUAAUGUUUUGGGCUUUGCCUGUUUUAAUGAAUUGAAGAAUUUAAACAAUUAAA